CUACGACUCACGGACAAGUAGAAAACCCCAGAGAAGAAAGUGACAGUGAAGAAAACCCAGAUCCCAAACGUGCCCGGAGACAGGAGGCAGAAACCUGGAAAAAGUUCAACCUCGUAUGACAGACAACACAACCGAGUCAGCACUACAGACAUGAACUCAGGCCCAUCAACAGCGAGUGGCACGGCACGGCGUCCUGUCUUCGCUGCAAAGGACUAUUGCUUGUUUCGUCUGUUUAAGAUGAUAAAUAGCGUUGCCACCACAGCGCUACUUCUUGUCUUGAACUGGUGCACCAAAGGUAAAAAAAUUGAAAGUAUGACUUACUGGCAAUUUUUUACCACAGUAGAAGGUUUUUCCUGGACUAAGUUGAAGAAUGAAUUUAGAUUUGAUAAAACAAUGGGGCAUGCAUUGCAAACUAAGCCACCAGAGGAGUUUGAUGUUUCGUUGCUAUCUGCUUGCAUUGGGUUUGCUUGUCGUACCAGGACUGAUGCACAGGACCUUCUUAUUCAUGUAAAGGCGGUGAAGGAUUUUAGAAAUAAUAUUAUACAUGAGGGGCUGAAUGACAGUUCCUCCUUCAGGCCCAAAACAGAUGCCCUAGAACAGUUUCUGACAGAACUUGUAAAAGAAGCUGAGACCAUAUUUAGUAUUCCCUCAGUCGAAGUUUCUUCUUUUGUUAAAACCAUGAAGGAUAAUAUCAACAAAAUUUGUUCCGAACAUUUUUCACAAGCUGAUAUGUCAGAGUACAGAAAUGAGUAUCUUCAAGAGAAGCUCAAGAGUGUUGGCAUAGGUGACCUUAAAAAAUUUUACAAGCAGUUGGAAUACAUUACUCCACUGCAUUACCUGAAUGAGAAUAUUCCCCUUCUGGUUAGCAUGGUUUAUAUACAGCUAGAAAUUGUGGAAGCAGGUAAAGGCAGCAGAGGGCAGCAGAUUAUGUACACGGACUUGUUUCAGCAUAUGAGUACUAUCCCAGGACACCCAAGUAACAAAGCCAAGGUCAUCUUGGUUGAGGGCCCGUCUGGAGUCGGAAAGACAACCUUGACUAGGCUGCUGAUUAAUGGCUGGAAUAAGGGGGACUCCAACAUUGAAGGUCUCGAAGAUUUUGACUUUCUGCUCUUUGUUGAGUGCAGAGUGCCACACAUUGAGAAAUUCUCUGAACUCUUGGUCUCUUUGAUGCCAAAUAUGGCCAUGACAUGUGAGGGAGACGAAAUUCUGAAAUGCUUGCUCAGAAAGAAAGUUCUUGUGAUAGUAGAUGGCCUUGAUGAGAUGAAUUCUUCAUCCAAAAAGCUCUUUCAAGAGAUCCUCUACAACACACGGACUUCCAACAUGGUUGUUUUGGCUACCACUCGGGCAGAGGCACUCAAGACAUACUACAAAAUUGUUCCAGAGGGCAUAUGCACAACACACAUCAAGAUCAUAGGCAUUCCUGAAGACAAAAGAGAGGAGUUUGCCCUCAAGUACCAUGAAGAAAUGAAGAAGACCAAAGACUUUGGGUGUGACACCAAAGGGCUAGUACAGUAUCUACGCAGAAUGGGUAUUAACCUGACAGAGUAUUGGCGCAUUCCCCUUCACUUAGGUAAACUAGUGAUGCUGUGGGUGCUGUGGCCAGACAUUCUAAAUGCAGUAACGACUAUAACAGAGCUGUUUAAGGAAACCGAAGUUCUGAUUGACGAAGAACUGACAGACAGACUAAUAAAAAAUAAUAAAUGUAAUGACCAACUUCCUGAAGAUAUUGCAGAAAAGAUAAAUGACCAGUUUCGACCAGAACUGUAUAGGCUAGCUUUGUAUGGACAAAGAGAAGAAGGGUUGAUUUUGAGUGAUAAGUCAGAGAAGACAUUGAAAAGGGUAUGCGAGGACAUGAGACUGCCAUGGGCACAAGUGAUCGGAGCAUUCUUUGUGCAGAGAAGUAUGUGGGCAAGGACAGGCACUGUGACCAAAUAUAGUUACUCUCACAGAGGGACACAGGAUUUCUAUUCUGCACUUUACAUACUGAGUGAACUCAAGAAGCCAAAGGAGGAAGCUUGUUCAGGACAAAGAAUUAGAUAUAUAUUGAAGGAUGUUUAUAGGUCUGAUCCUGAAAAUUUCAGCCUAAAGAAGUUUCAGGAAGUAUUAGUGCACCUGAUCAGUCUUUUGUACGAGGAAGGUGAAAUCAGCAAUCAAGAGACAUCGGAGGAAAUUGUUCAGUUGUUGGAAGAAUCUGGCAUCAACGACAAACAGGCUUGGCUGGAUAUCUUGAGCAAUGUCAAGGCCAGUGAUACCAUCAUCAGUUUGGUUUCAAAGUACGUUCCAGAUGUGAUGAACCUGAAAAGCCAAAUAACAAUAACUGACGCUCAGGUCCUUGUCUACUCCAAGCUAAUCACCAGAGCAAGCCCACUGAAAGUAACCGUCAGUCUUGCAAGAAAUCCCAGCAGUGUGCCCAAUCUGCAGGACCUCCUCCAGUCCAUGCUUCCCCUGAAAUGUGAGGUGGAAGUCUACUUCCACAAUGACUUCCUACAUCCCACCACUGCCAACUGCACAACUGAUCUGCCACUGCUGAAGCUGUUUGAAGAGGGUUCCAUCACAAAGUACAUGGGUUCUGCAAGGAAGGAAAUCUUGGCUGGGCUUCCGGACAAGAUUGAGAUGCUAUAUAUGUCUGUUGCAGACCAAAGUCAGCUUGAAGACUUGAUGACUACAGUCAUUAGACUCAAACGACUGGAAUGGCUUUGUAUUCAUGCAGCAGCAGGAGUGGAUUUGGGGAGCCAGCCAGCAUUGUUCACCAUGAACCACAUCCUCUAUGAGGGGUAUUCACCUGUCAAGCUGAUCAUCAAAAUACCCACCAGCGGCCCCAUCAACGAGGCACACCUGAAGGACGUCAUGUACGUCCUCGGAGACAGGAAAGUGGUUUGGGUGGAUCUUCACCUCGGAAAAGAUUGGAGUCUGGUUGCUGAUCAGAAGAUCAUCAGAGUCACCACAGCUACCAGAAGUUCCUUUGAUAUGUCCAAUCUAAAUAGAGUUCUGACUUUCUUGAUGGCUCACGGGGAUCCUAAUAAAAGGUUAAAACUCUACGUCAAGUAUGAAUCACUGCAGCAUGAAAGCACUGAUGCUGGUGAUGAAGCAGACAGAUAUUCAUGUCAUGCCAGAAGUUGAUCCCUCAACCUUACAGCCAUUCACACUGUCCAAAGUUUCAUCCUUAGUGCUGUCCAGUCUCCAGGACGGCUCGGUAUCAUGGGCAGUUCGGGUCAUGGAAGCACUCCACCUUAAAAC